CGAGCUAAGUGGAUGAUGUCAUUGUUUUUCACUUCAAUGCUGGGUGAUCCUGGACAGAGAAAACACAGAAGAGGACUCCUAAAGCAGUACUACAGCUUAUCUUUAGAAAAGGAUAGUAAUGAAGUUAGGGAAGUUGAAAGUUACAAUAUCAAUGCUUCGCACUUUAAUCCAGAAAUGUAUAUUAACAAACUUUUAAAAGAAUGCAGUCUCACAGAACUGAUAGACCAUGAACAGGUUGUCUACAGGCAGAUUCAGUCAUUAGACAGUGAAAUGCAGACCCUAGUGUAUGAAAAUUACAAUAAAUUUAUCAGUGCAACUGACACAAUACGUAAGAUGAAAAAUGAUUUUAAGAAGAUGGAAGAAGAGAUGGAUGGUCUUGCCAGCAAUAUGGCCACCAUCACAGAUUUUAGUGGAAAGAUUUCAGAUACACUACAGAGUAGACGUGAUCAGAUCACUAAGCUCACUGGAGUACAUUUGCUUUUAAGAAAGCUUCAGUUUCUGUUUGAGCUUCCGCCAAGAUUGAAAUCAUAUAUCGAAGAUGAAGAAUAUGUCCAGGCAGCAAGAUAUUACACUAAAGCACAGAAAGUUCUUCUUCAGUAUAGUCACAUGCUUUCCUUUCGUGGGAUACAAGAAGAUUGUACUGUCAUUGUAAAAGAACUAAAGAUCAAGCUUCGAGAAAGGUUUCAUUCUCCUGAGGCUACCCCAAAGCAACUUGCAGAAUGUGUUGACCUGUUGUUACAGUUAAAAGAACCUGCGGAGAACCUUUGUGAAGAGUUUCUGUCUCAUUCACGGGAAAGACUCAAUGUUGACCUUUUGGAGUUGGAAAGACAAGUUAAACUUCAGUGUGGAGAAAACGUUCCAAAACUUGGCGAGCAAGAACGCCCCUCAGACAUAUACAUGAAUCUUCCAGUUGAUAUUCUUGAGUUUGUGGACUUAGGAUGUAACAAUUUCCUCAGCAACAUUUGUUUGGUGAUUGCAUCAUACAAUGAUAUGUUUCUUAACCGAUUUCCUUGCGAAGAAGAGGAAACGGAAAAGAUGGACAACAUGGCCCUAACCAAACUUCAUAAUUUUGUUAUGUCUUUAAUGGAACAGUACUUUGGGUAUAUAAUUGAAAAGAUAAUUAGUUUUAUUUUAGUCUUUAAAAACUUAUUUCUAAUUCAGAAAGAAAGUGGUGAAUUCACUGUUUUGGUGAGGGCUUUAGAUCGGUUCCACCGCAGACUUCAAGCAAUGAACAAGUUGCUACCUGACUCUGAUUUUUCUAGAACAGGACUAGAUAUUGUAUCUCGUGCUGGAAAAGAGUGUUGCAUGAAGUGUCUUGAAGCUUUGAAACAUCACUUUUCGGAGUGUCUUACCAGUGUGAGGCAUAGUUUAGCAGCGCCUGCAAUAGUAGGACAUGAAGGAAAUACCCAAUUAACAGAACUGCUGGCCAGUAUGGAAAACUCUAUAGCAGACCAAGUUAAAUCAAUUCUACAAAACCUACAGGCUUUCACACGGCCAGAUAACACUUUUGCUAUGAAACCCAACUUCUGGGAGCCAUUCUGUCAUGAUCAUGUUCGUGAAGGAGUGAUAGUGGCUUUUAUCCAUCACAUUAACACUGUAGCAAAUGAGUUCUGCCAAAAUGCUGGAGACAAAGGAGUUUGUCCUCCUCCUUCUUUACUACUUUUGUUAUCACGACUCUGCUUUGAUCUAGAAGUUUCUUCAAUUGGAUUCUUGCUUUCCCUUACAGAUGAACAGUUCACAACAGAUGAUAUCCAUAGAAUGACUUCUGGGUCUGAACUAUGUCGAGAAACCAAAGAAACAGCACAGAAACUAUUAAAUCAUUUUGUCCGUGUGCAGGGAUUGAAUAUCUCCCAGAUGUUAAGAAAAAGUGUUGAAACACGUGAUUGGUUAAAUACCAUUGAACCACGGAAUGUUCGAGCUGUCAUGAAGCGUGUUGUAGAAGACUUGACAGCAAUUGAUGCCCAAGUUGGUCACCUCUAUGAAGAAGGAAUUCGUAAAGAGAGAAGUAGUGACUCAAGUCGACGGACUUAUCCUUAUAGUACUGGAAGACAACCCCUUCGUUCUAAUUGGAGUGCAUAUGGUCCAAGCACAAUAGACACCAGUUUAAUGAGUAAUAUUCAGAAACUCUUCUCUGAAAGAAUCGAGAUUUUCAGUACUGUGGAAUUUUCAAAGGUAUCGGUGAUGACAGGAAUAAUAAAGAUAAGUUUAAAGACUUUCUUAGAAUGUGUUCGACUGAGGACGUUCAGUCGGUAUGGACUUCAACAAGUUCAAGUUGACACUCAUUAUUUGCAGCUGUACUUUUGGAGAUUUGUAGCAGAUGAAAAUCUCAUCCAUGUGUUGCUGGAUGAAGUUUUGGGAAGUACACUUCAUCGUUGUCUUGAUCCAACAUUAAUGGAUACUGGAGUUGUAGAAGUCAUCUGUGACCGAGGAUAGUUAUUCAGAAAACAAUUCCUUAUAAGAACUAAUUAGUAAAAUAAGAUAUUUAUAAAAAGUGUUUGUGUGGCAAGCAGAAAACCAUGAGGAAAUUAGAUUUAAUAAGUACUAGUUUCAGAGAAAAUAACUUGAACAAGUAGCAGUUUGAAGAAGAAAAAAUCAGUUUAGUAGUUUAUAUAGUUCACUAAAAAUAUAGUAUAUAAUCAGUUCAGCAGGAAAAAAGAAAAUCUAGCAAUUGAAAUCAAGUGACUGGUCAGUUAUAUAUGAGAGGAGUGUUUAUGUAUUUCUGGUGAAUUUAUUAUCCAUAGCACAAAAGAUAUGUAACCUCAAUGAGUUUCCAAGUGACCUGGGCUUUGUAAUGUUUUACACAGUAAGAUACUAAACAAAUUAUAUAAACACUUGAAAAUAUGUUUAGCUGUGGCUUGAAGUAAGGAAAUUAAGUUUAUAUAUAUAUAUCUAACUAAGAUUAUAUGAUUCUGUAGAAUUUGUUUUUACUAUUCUAGAUUCAAUGCAUGUUUGAUAUUAAAAGAAAUUAAAUCCUGAGCUGAUGCAAAGUAUAAUGAAAAACCUAUUUAAUGGUAAAGUCAGGAAGUCUUAUUUUAAGUUGAAUUGAUAUGAAGCAAUGACAUGAGAGAAAUUUAAAGUUUCAGUAGUAAUCAUUUUAUACUUUGUUCACAUUAUUUCUUAGCUUCCUACUAAUUAAUGAUUCAGGGAAAUAGUAAGAAUAGCAUUGUACAUUAUGUUAAUUUUGUUUAUUAUGAUAAUAAAGUUUUUCUCACACUUAA